AUGGCAUCAGGUCCCUACCUUCACGGGCACCACGCUUCAGUCCUCCGCUCCCAUAGUUGGCGCACGGUCGAAAAUUCGUGCCCACACCUCAUACCACACCUCAGCAAAUCGUCUCUGAAGAUCCUCGACGUAGGCUGCGGCCCCGGCACCAUCUCAGUUGAUCUCGCUACGCGCAUCCCGCAAGGUUCCAUCCUCGCCAUCGACCCUUCCGCAGAAGUCAUACAUAAGGCGCGGAAACAUGCCGAGGAGAAAGGCGUUACAAACGUGCGUUUCGAGGUUGGAGACAUCUUCAAUUGGGAGAUCAUCGAAGGUGUCGAGGAGGGCGGCUUUGACAUUGUGCAUGCGCACCAGGUGCUACAGCAUCUACAGGAUCCACUCAGCGCAAUGAAAGAGAUGAAGAAGCUCACCCGAAGAGGCGGUAUUGUCGCCGUGCGCGAUUGCGAUUACAGUGCCAUGAGCCAUUACCCUCCUCACCAGGGCAUGGACAAGUGGCUUGACCUGUACAGAUCAGUCGCGAAGAGUAUCAAAUGCGACCCAGACAUUGGAAAGAGGCUACAUGCAAUAGCCAUCCAGGCUGGCUUCUCUAGAGGUGAUAUUGAUGCGAGUGUCAGUGCGUGGACAUUCAGCACACCUGAUGAGCGAGCGUGGUGGUGCGGCUUAUGGGCCGAACGCAGCACCAAAAGCGACUACACGGCUAGGGUACUGGAGAGUGGGCUAGGGACUGAGCAAGACUUGCACCAAAUCGCGCGGACGUGGAGGGAGAUGGAGGGGAAAGAGGAUGGGUGGUUCGCUGUUAUCAACGGUGAAGUGAUAGCCCACAACAAGUCUUAG